UCAGUAUUGACCGAUGCAGUGGAAGUAGCUAUGGACAUACCUCUUCCUCUUAAGCUCUCUGCAUCUUGGCUUGUGACAUCCUCCGUGAGAUUGUUGUGCCGAGUUGGGCGAGGUGGGUAUUCUUUGAAAUAUGAAGCGGCAAUCAUGAGCAAGCCGAAGAAGCGCUGAUGAUUUCGUCUUUGGACUGAAGGCCCGUUUUCAUUGCUUGAAGGUGGUGGAGGACUGAGUAAGCAAUGAGUCUUGUUCAUGGCGAAAGUAUGCUAGUUUGUCCGAAGCUCGAGAUCCGAGUAUCUGCGAAAUUGGAGCAACGUGCAGAUUAACUUGAGGGUUACGUUUCGGGAGGGGUGACUGUCGGUACGAACGAAGAACUUCGGCAAUCACCCAUGAAAACGGGUUUAGAGGAACACAACUUUUUAAAGCGGGUCUGAAUAGGGGAAACACAGUUUGCACACAUGCCGAGAGGAAGUAUUGACAAAGUUCCCAUCCUGCGCGACGUCCAUCCAAGUCAAGAGGAUGAGAGUGAGCGUGAUAUUGAGCAGCAGAUGGUGGUAUAUGCGAAACAACUGAGCGAUAACAAUGCUGUGGUAGUAGGCGAUGUUGGAGCUCAUGAGGCUGGAAGAGGAAGAAAGCCUGAGCUGGAAUCUGGGCAUGAUCAUAGAUAUCUACUCAUGUCGGGGCCUUUGGGCAUGUGCAAUGACCCCUUUUGUACAUCUUGUCCCUAUUCUAAUGUUGGAAACAAGAGAGAUCUUCCUCGAAACAAGUCGAUUCGAUCCCAGGAACGAGAGAAAAGUUGGAAAUUUUGGAAGUAUGAAGGGGUUUUGAAUCCUCAUUCCAAGUCAAUUCAGACAUGGAACAAGGUUUUUGUUGUCUCUUGUUUGCUUGGGAUCUUCUUGGACCCUCUGUUUUUCUUCCCACUCUCAGUUGAUGAGAACAACAAGUGUAUUGUACUGGACUACGGUUUUGCUUCCACUCUUACGGCAUUCAGAAGUGUUAUAGACUUUCUCUACAUUUGCCAUAUUAUUCUUCAGUUCAGGUUAGCGUACAAGGAUGAGGAUUCAGGAGAAAUUGUGGAUGAUCCUGCGCGUUGUAAGACUCGGUAUCUGAGGGGAUGGUUUGGGUUCGAUGUUCUUGCCGCAUUACCCUUGCCUCAGAUCAUGGUAAUGCUGGUGAUACCCAAUUUGAAGACUAAAGCAACCGGGGCUGCAGGUAACUUCAGAGACUUGUUUAGAGUCACACUUCUUUUGCAGAAUAUUCCAAGGUUGAUUAAGUUCGUCGUCCUCGUUUUCGGGCGUUCACCAACUGGCAUCGUGUUCGAGACCGCUUGGGCAAAUUUCGUCCUCAAUUUAUUCCUCUAUGUUCUCGCGGCCCAUGUCGUGGGAUCCAGUUGGUAUCUUUUCGGAGUUCAGCGUGUAAUGACAUGCCUUCAAGAGGUUUGCCUAGAAGAAAAAUCGACUUUGGGCUGUAGGGACACUUUUCUUGACUGUGGAUUUGGUGCCCCAAAAGCGCCUUACCGCGACGCCCGCGGGCAAUGGAUCAAAUCAACAAACGCAAGCGGGUCAUGUCUAAUACAAACCUCGCCAUAUGAAUUUGGCAUAUACCAACCGAUGGGCAUGCAGAUUGCGCAACGUCAUUCAGUUGUCAUAAAAUACAUAUACUCUUUAUAUUGGGGAUUUCUGCAAAUCAGCACCUUAGGAGGCAACCUUGUGCCAAGCUUGUAUCCCUGGGAGGUGCUUUUUACCAUGGGUAUUGGAGCACUGGGUUUGCUUAUGUUCGCAUCACUUAUUGGCAGUAUGCAAAAUUUCCUACAAAGCCUUGGUCGCAGGAAACAAGAGAUGCAAAUGCGACGUCGUGAUGUUGAGAACUUUAUGGAACGACGACGACUACCACUUAAGAUCAGAAAAAAGGUGCGGCAAGCUGAGCGCUUUAAUUGGGUAUCAACUCAGGGUGUGGAGGAUGAAGAAAUACUUAGGCAGCUGCCAGAAGAUUUGCAGAUGACGAUCAAAUGUCAUGUUUGUGAAAAUCUUCUGAAGGAGGUCCGCUUAUUCAAACACAUGGACCCAGAAGUGCGAGCCGCCAUUUUUGAGCGUUUGCGGGAAAAAGUUUACGUGACCGGCAGCACGCUUUUGCGAAAGGGUUCUCCUACAAAGCGGAUGUAUUUUAUUGCGCGUGGUAGCUUGUCUUGUGUUGGUCAUAAUGGCUUUAUGACCAAUAUUGGUGCUGGUAAAUUUUGCGGUGAAGAGCUCUUGCUCUGGCACCUCGAACAAGGCUCUAAAAAUUCCGCUGCCAAUUCGAGGUCUAAUUCAUUUUGGACAAUUAGACAAAAUACGAUGGCCAGUCAAGACGUAGAAUGCCUGGAGAAUGUGAAUGCUUUUGUUUUGGAGGUAGAUGAUGUCGCUUACAUCGCCAAUCAUUUCGGUCGACUCCUACGUACACCACGAAUUCAAGGAAUCCUCAGGAAUGACUCAACAGCAUAUCGGUUAUGGGCCGCUGUACGCAUUCAAACAGCUUGGAGAUUCAGGGCGAAAAUCCGGAAACGACGUGCAGCUCGGGAAGCAGCAUUUCGCCGUCAAGAGCUUCAACGACAGUCCAACAGAUUUAGAUAGUGAAGUUGAAUUUAGUGGAAAAUUGAUCCCAUUUGUCAGAACGUGGGUUGUAAAAUGAGCAGCACACUUCAACAAACUACCACCCGAUGACUUUCACCAAAAAAAACACAUUUCAGAUUAUUGACCCGAAUUCCCGUCCGUUGCACCCAUUUACAUGGUUAAGGGUUAUGUUGGGUACUUAGAGCUUCGAAUACACGUGAAUUCUGUUGGAGUCAUAGUUCUAGCAACAGAUCAGUUGACCCAGGUUACACAAAAACCAGGUGUAAAUUCCUUUCACGCAAAAUGAAUCUACACCUAUUUGUAAAUUCACGCAAAAGGAAUGUUAAGAGACAACACUAUUGAUCCCACGCA